AUGAGUACACCAAAAAUUCCUACCGCAGCGCAAAAGCCGAAAUCCCUCGUAUGGACGGUGUGCGCCUUUAGAAAGCCGUCUAUGACAGAGGAUGAAUUCCACCACUACAUGACCAACGUGCACGCACCACUUGUUCGCGAUGCGCUUGUUCGUCACGGCAUUACUCGUUACUCUAUGAGUCAUUUUGAUUCCGCCUCCAAAGCGCUCCUUGCACAAGUCAUGGAUCCUCAGUUUAUCAACGAUGCUGGAUACGACAUGGUGACGCAGAUCAGAUUCCCCGAUAUUCAGUGCUUCAUCAAUUUCAAAAGAGAUCCGUUUUACAAGGAGCAUGUCAUGCCUGAUCACGACCGCUUCACCGAUCCCGCGCGAGUCUUCUUGAGUGUUGGUUGGGUGGAGGAUCAUGUUGUGGAUGGUGUUGUAGUCUAG